AUGCAGAUCUUCGUUAAGACUCUCACCGGCAAGACCAUCACUUUGGAGGUCGAGUCGAGCGACACUAUUGACAACGUCAAGUCGAAGAUUCAGGAUAAGGAGGGCAUCCCACCUGAUCAGCAGCGUUUGAUCUUCGCUGGAAAGCAGCUUGAGGAUGGCCGUACCCUCUCCGACUACAACAUUCAGAAGGAGUCUACUCUGCACCUCGUUCUCCGUCUGCGUGGUGGUAUGCAGAUUUUCGUGAAGACCCUCACCGGCAAGACCAUCACCCUCGAGGUUGAGUCUAGCGAUACCAUCGACAACGUCAAGUCGAAGAUUCAGGAUAAGGAGGGCAUCCCCCCCGACCAGCAGCGUUUGAUCUUCGCUGGUAAGCAGCUGGAAGACGGCCGCACCCUGUCCGACUACAACAUUCAGAAGGAAUCCACUCUUCACCUUGUCCUCCGUCUGCGUGGUGGUAUGCAGAUCUUUGUCAAGACCCUUACCGGAAAGACCAUCACAUUAGAGGUUGAGUCUUCAGACACAAUCGAUAAUGUGAAGAGCAAGAUUCAAGACAAGGAGGGCAUUCCUCCUGACCAGCAGCGUCUCAUUUUCGCCGGCAAGCAGCUGGAAGACGGCCGCACCUUGUCCGACUACAACAUCCAAAAAGAAUCGACUCUUCACCUUGUCCUCCGUUUGCGUGGUGGUAUGCAGAUCUUCGUCAAGACCCUCACAGGAAAGACGAUCACACUGGAGGUGGAGUCUUCGGAUACUAUCGACAAUGUGAAGAGCAAGAUCCAAGAUAAGGAGGGUAUCCCUCCGGACCAGCAGCGUCUUAUAUUUGCUGGUAAGCAGCUGGAAGAUGGGCGGACACUCUCCGACUAUAACAUCCAGAAGGAGAGCACACUGCACCUGGUGCUGCGUCUCCGUGGUGGUUGUUAA